AUGCCGCGCACUCCCAAGUGGAUCCCGUGCGCUUGUGGGUACCACUGGGCCUGGAAACGCCAGGUUGAGUCAGGGGAAAAUACCCACUGUGCGUACUGCGGCAGAAACUGGCAGAAGCAGCUGGCCAAGCAGCAAGCAAGCAAGGAAGCCCGGGCCGAGAACUCCCAGAGCCCCCGAGCUGUCUGGGAGGACGGUCGCACCAAAGGCAAGGGAAAAGGAGAGGGAAAGGGUUCUAAGAACCUACCAGGUGGCAAAGUCGGCGCGGUGCUUGCGGGUCUUUGGAAAGACCUGCCAGAGGCUGCCCAGAAAGCCUUUCAGGAGGUCGGGUACAGCCCACCUCGGCCGAAAGGGCCACCGCCGCCCCCACCAGGAUUGGACCUCCAGUCCCUCCUUAAGGGUAGGAUGACCGAGAAGGAGUACAACGCUGCCAGGGCCGUGGUCUACGCGGGGGCAGGGCUCCACGUCCAGACCCUUUUGGAGGCCGCGGGGAUCCCCCCUCCACCAGAUGAGGACCUCGACCGGCCGGAGCCCACGCCCCAGGAGAAGCUGACCAGGUGUGUCAGUGACUUCAAGAAGGCCACCAACCAGAUGAAGAAUCUGGUGGAGAAGAAGGCCAAGCUCCAGGCCCGAGCGGACAAGCUCAAGCAGGAGCUGGAAAAGCUCAUUGGGGACGUGGACCAGGUCGACAAGGACAUCAAAGCCAAGGAUGUCGAGAUCCAGGAGACGGCCAAGGCUUUCAAAGAGAUGACGGCGGACUCCACCAGCACCGCCUUCAGCGCCUUGGAGGCGGUCCUUUCGGAGGCUGGCCAUGAGCUCAAUGAAGCCACCCGCGCCAAAAUGAAGGCUGCCUUGGUCGGGAAGGAGGACCUCCCCCCGGACCCCUUCAUCGUGGGUUUCCGAGGGCAUGAUGAGUACUUCCCUCGAGAGAUGCCCCCCAUGUAUGGGCCUGCCCGCACCGAUCCGCAUGGGAAGCGCCCCACACCUUUGGAAGGGCAGAUUUUGCAAGGGCAGCCGCCCAAUCAGGAGCUCCCUGCCCCAAGUGGUGCCUUGGAGGCGCUGCCAAGGGGCAACGGGGCCCUAGGCAUCAGCCCGUCUCGCGGGGUCCGCAGCAUUGCCCACGGCCCACGUGGGCGGCGUAAAGUGCAACAGGCAAAUCCAGUUCAGGCCCUUGCUGCAGGGCUCGCAGAAGAGCUUCGGGCGCACAAUGACUGGAGCAAGUCCGAACCUCAGGCUCUAGCCCUUGCUGAGGCCCUGGAAGGAGCCGAUGAGGCCAGCUUGGGUUACCGGGUCUCCUAUGAGAUCCUCGAGGCCAUGCAAGGCCACUCGUGGCUGGACCCCCUCACCGCCGCGGCUUUCCUGGACGACCUCGCGGCUCAGGGGCACCAGGGAUGUCAGGAGUCUGUUGUGUUUGUCAGUGCCAACAUCACAACGUGGACUCCGGACAUUCUCAAAUGGCACCAGCCGCAAAAAGGGCCCCUUCUCAUCCAGGAGCUGCACCUGGGAGAUGAAGGGCCCUAG